AUGGGCAACACUACUAGUGCGGUGUUGGACAAUAUCGUCCAGGGGUCCAAUUUCGACAGAGAGGAGGACAACUCCGGCACAAUCGAGCGCGAUGAGUUCCUCAGCCUUCCCCAGAUUUCUUCCAACCCUCUGGCAACAAGAAUGAUUGCCAUCUUCGACGAAGACGGUGGCGGCGACGUUGAUUUCCAGGAGUUCGUAUCAGGUCUUAGCGCCUUUUCUUCCAAGGGAAACAAGGAGCAGAAGCUGCGUUUCGCUUUCAAGGUGUACGAUAUCGACCGCGAUGGUUACAUCAGCAACGGCGAGCUGUUCAUUGUGCUCAAGAUGAUGGUCGGAAGCAACUUGAAGGACCAGCAGCUGCAGCAGAUCGUGGACAAGACUAUCAUGGAGGCGGAUCUCGACAAGGAUGGCAAGAUCAGCUUCGAGGAGUUCACGAAGAUGGUGGAGAACACGGAUGUCAGCAUGAGCAUGACGUUGGACACAUUCUAG